UUUGAGCCUAAGGAACAGGGAAGACGGAAAAAAAGAGUCUUUCAGCUAUGAAAUUUCAGAGGUUUCUUUCCCUUUUCUUGGUUUUAUUAGCUUGCUUUGUUCGUUCUUCUCAUUGCAAUACUUUCUAUGUUGGUGGGAAAGAAGGCUGGGUUUUGCACCCUAAAGAGAUGUAUAGUGAUUGGGCUGGUAAACAGAGGUUCCAAGUCAAUGAUGUACUAAUUUUCAAAUAUGAGAAAGGAUCCGACUCUGUUUUGUUGGUGACGAAAGAUGAUUACUACAAGUGUGAACGAAAGCAUCCUUUGAUGGAAAUGAGCAAUGGAACUUCCGAAUUCAAGUUUCCUCAUUCGGGUCCCUUCUACUUCAUUAGUGGCAAAGAGGAUCAUUGUUCAAAGGGUCAAAAGAUGAUCGCCGUUGUCAUGGCGGAGAAACACCAGACUCCUCCCUCGAUACAUCCACCGAUUGUUAAGCCUCCAGGGAAAUCACCAUAUCCGGGGCCGGCUCAGUCACCCGAGCACCAUGGCCCUGUUGCUAAGCCUCCGACGGGUUCAACUCCGGGGCCAGCACAGUCUCCUUAUACCCAUGUACCCAUUUCAAGUCCACCUUCUUCGGUCCCUACUGGCUCACCCAUGGCUUAUGGACCGACUCACUCACCGGCGCCAUCUACUCAUCAUGCACCGCAGUCUCCGGUGGCUCAUGGUCCGACUCACUCGCCGGCGCCAUCUACUCAUCAUGCACCACAGUACGGUCCAUCGCAGUCUCCGGUGGCUCAUGGUCCUACUGCAAACCCACCUAAGUCAACAUCUACUUCACCAUCUUCUUCAUCACCACAAGGCUCAACUCCCGCCGGUUUAUCACCUGCACCGUCUACGGGUUCGGGUUUAAGUCCACCGGCACCUCCACAGGGUACUUCUCCUUCUCCUUCUACUACCACUUCACCGUCCGGAAGUCAAACCAGUACCCCGCCCAAGGGAUCAUCCGCCACAGCUACUUAUUCCAGCGUACUGGUUCUUGCUUCUAGCGUCUUAUUUUGUAGUAUGAUCUUUUAGGACGCUUUUGGAUGG